AUGGAUGCACCAAGUGAUCUUGACUGUGUCACAGGAGACGAGAAGAGAGAUGAAAUGGAUGAAGAUCAGAAGCUGCAAACACACUUACAGGAAGACAACCAGAACCAGAACCACACCACCACUGUUCCUAUAGCCAAUGGCCACUAUCUGGCAUUGGUCCCAGGCAACAGGAGGCCAAUUGACCCUACACUUGCAGCACAUUUUGCCAAGAUCGCACCCCCUCCACCUUUGAUAGAGACCAACACUGACAGUCGCACAGGUGGAGAACAGUUGAGAAGGCUGGAGCAACACCAGGAAAAGCUGAGAGAGAUGCAGCACCGUCAAGAACAGGAGAGGCAGAAGAGGCAGUGGCUGGAGGAGGAACGGCUAAGGCUGGAGCAGCAGAAGCAGCUGGAGAAGCAGCGGAGGGAGCUCCUCCAGCUGCAGCUGCAGCAGCAGCAGCAGGAGCACCGGCAGCGCAGGCAGGUUAUGCAGUGGCAGCUCGAGCUGGAGCAGCAGUACCGGAUGCAGCAAAAACAGAUCCAACAGCAGCAGCAGUUGAGGAGGAGCCCAACCGGAGUCAUGCUCUCGCCAUCCUCAGGGCUCUGCACCAUCUAUGAAGCCAUGGAAACCAGUGAUGAGGAGGAAGAGGCCAGAGGAGAGCAGAACAGGAACACACAGGUUCUAGGGAGGAGGGUGCCAUCUUCCCCGAGUGUGACACAGGAUUUCCAGAGGCAGCUGCGUCCAGUGCCUCCUCAGGACCUGGAGUGGAACAAGAAGGUGGACAUGGUGCAGCAGCUCAUCAAUCAGACCCUGAUGUUGUCUGGAGAUGGAGGCUGCCCUCCUCUCCUCCUCCUCCCUGUGGGGACAGGGGGCACCUUAAGCCCCUUGGAGAGUAGCAUGUGGCCCAACAUGCUGCCCCAGUUCAGCCCUCCUGCUGCUACAGUCACCUCCGUCAGCAGCUACUCCCCAGACAGCCGGGGCAGCUCCCCUCCUGGAGACUGGACUGUGGUGGAGGUGGAGACCCAGCACUGAAGACAACGAAUCAACAGAUCUACCGAUCAGAAACGUUCUGUGGUGUUGUGUCAUUGGCCGAAUCAUUUUCAGUACGAAAUGUGAAAAAUCACUGCUCUGAAUAUUAAAUAAAAUUGCUUGAAAGCUGGUGUU